UGAAUGCGGAAGGCGAGCUUCAGUUCUCGAAGCUGGACCAAGAAAUCAGAGCGUUGAACCUGGACUCAGCCCUCAAGGAAGAUUUACUUGAGUCUCUGCAAGAAUGCCAACAAGUUGCGACAUGCAUCCCGACUUCAUCAGUGCGUGCCCCUCUAACUCCAUCCUUCAUUCGGGCGAAGAGUUUCGAGAAAUGCUUCCUGCGCAUGAAAUUGUACGCCUGCCUCAAAAAAGACCUCAGGACCAAGAGGGAUAAAUUUGACCUGGCAGGCUUAGGUGAUUCUCUCCAAGGAGCCGACGACGAUGAAAAAAUGCUCGCCAUUCUUUGGGCUUCUGCUGCUCUUGAGCCAAGCGACAUGUUCUGAAGCCACGCGAUCGGUGGGGUGAAAAUAGACUCGGGGAACAAUGGCUUCAUUUAUUCGUGGGGAAGUGACGAUAAAAACGAAGAUAUCACUGGGUUGUUCCUGGGGAUAAACCUUUCUCCGGGAUUUGCUUUCGGAGAAGUUUAUGGCGUACCUAAGUCUGGGAGUAAUGAAGAAAUUAGGUCCACUGAGACUACAAUGUCCGCGCAAUCUUCAGAUUUAGAAGAAGGAAAAGUAAAAAAAAUUACAUCUACGAAAAGCUUUGUUUCCAAUACUGAUGUACAUCAAAACUUGAAAACACAAGAAAAUAAAGAAAUAAUUGAUUUUAUCCAAUCCCUCCAACCCACCGAUCAUUCAAAGGAAACUAAAACCGACACGUCUCUGAGAGUGAUGUACGAAUCUGGAUUAUUUAAUCUCAAUUCGAACAAAACUGGAUUAGAAGAUAUUCAUUUUGAUGCAAGGAAGAAGUGCUGUAUUGAGGACCUCUGCCCUGAAGAAUGCUAUGAAGGAUCAAAGCAAACCUACCAUAAUAUUACAAUAUCACGAGGGUUAAAUAUGAUCAAGUUUCUAAUCAAAGGCAACAUCGAUGCGAUAACCGGGACUGGCAGACUGGGCUCCUCGGUCAACAACACUUGGAAUGAUAUCAAUGAUUUGACUAAUUUCUUGUUCCAUUUUCGUCCAAAAAGCAUGACUCCGCAUCUCGGAAAUGAAUCAAAAAGGGAACCCGUUGCGAAUUUGACUGCAGUUAACAAACAACAACUGGUCCCUCUUUUGGGAAUUCAAUUUGAGAGCACCGUACCCCAGGAGAAAUUGUCAAAAGGAGACCAAAUGUUGGGAAUAACUGACCAACAUUUGUUGGGAAAAUAUGACACCGAUACUUCCAGAUCAAACUUGAACAAUUCAGAAGUGGAAGCCAUUAGGGAAAUCUUUAAUGAUUUCAUAUCUUUCUUUGAAAGGCGGAGCAACCCAGACGAAGCAAAAAAGUUAAAGGAGAAACCGGCUUCCUCGGAACUUCUUGACAUAGAAACUGAGUGGAAAAAGACACCGACUUCUUCAGACAACUUGGAACCUGCAAAAAGUUCUCAAGACAAUUUUGCUGCAGAAAAUUUCAUCUCAAUGAGUGGUGCAAUUGAAAACAUUCCCGUCACGGAAAUUCCAAUAAUUGAAAUCCAGGAUGAAAGAAUCGAUUCCCAAAAAGAUGAGGGAGUAACCGGAAGUUAUUUUACAGUCACCAUGUCGAACAAUAUUAGUGAUUUCGAAAACACAAAUACUCCAAAAACAGAUGAUGAAAUUCUUGUACAUGAAAAUACUACAAUCGGAAACCCCAUGACUGUGUCCAGUUCCACCAGCCGACCAAACUCGGUUCUUCUGUAUACAGAAAUUAAUUUAGUUAACACAGACGUCCAUGGAAUAGAUUCCGAAAUCAAUUACGGAACUACAGAAGUUUUUGACGUUGCCACUGAAAACAAUUACGAUACCGAAUUGAAACGGCUUCAAGAAACCACUGAAGUUGGAGUAACAGGGAAAAUUUGAAAUAUCUUUUGCAGUUUCGGCGCUACAGAUGAGAUACCCACGCAAAAAUAUUACUUCAUUGAUAAUGAAGAUGAAUGAAAUGAUAAAUUCAUUUUGUGUUUGUAUCUGCAUAAUGAAUUUAAACCUGUCCACGUACCGGGCCUGCACUUGAUGAUCGGAAUAUUUCGUAACAGGGAAUUUAGUUAAAUAAUUAUAUCAAUAAUCGAUAUUAUUGCAUGAAGAGUUGUAUAAUGUGUUCAAAUAACAGGCUCUGAUCCUUAUUCUGCUGUCAUUAACGCAGAAUGAAUUUAUUUGCUGGUAAAUUAAAUGUUCUUUUGGAAAA